GAGGUGGUUAUUAGAGAGAAGCGCUCUCACUCGCUCGCUCUCUCCGUUUCUCCCUCUCUGGCUGAUAGCACUUAUCUCUCGCUCUCUCUCCUUCUCCUAGGUGAUCCAUUUCUAGGCAACGUGCUGGCUGGUACUGGAGCUGCCAGCUCUCUCUGCAUCCCACCAGCAAAGCAAGCUCCAAAAGCAACCUGCAGACCAUCAUCUGCUUUCCUCUGCCUUGCUCCGGGCACUCCUCCUCUCGCUCCUGCCCUGUCCAACCACUACCUUGCGCGACAGAGACAGCACGCUGGGCUUGAUUUGCAGAUUUCUAUUUUUUUCUCCAGUUGUGGGAAGCAAUUUUUUUUAAGCGAAGGGUGGGGGGGGAAAUCUCUGCAUUACUAUCUGCAUUACCUUGAAGUUCACUUUGUUUUUUGACCUCCGGGGGGGCUUUUCCUGCAGGAAUCUGGCUGCUGGAAGCGGGAUCGCCUGCUCUCCCGCUUGCCCGCUCCUCCUCCCUCGCUGAAGGCGAGCUGUUUGCUGCGGGCUCCUGGGGCUUCUCUGGCCAAGAGGGUUCGUGUGUGAGCUUGGGUGUGCGUGUCUGCGUGCGUGUGUGUGUGUGUGUGUGCGAGAGCGUGUGCGUGGCGUGGGUUGGAAGUUGCUGUGCAGCAGCCGGGACCGAGCGGAUCCCUGGACCCGGCGGAAGGAUGGGGAUCGUCUGACCAGCAGAGGCGUCUGCUGCCCGCGGCGGCGCCCGGGCUGGAUGGAUUUGCUGCCGGCGCUCCCAGCAACUCUGGUGCUGCCCAGGAGCCCCCCGAAGUGACGCGGGGUUUCGCCGAGGAGAGAGGCGCUCGGAGCCCCGGGCUCGCUCCCUGCUGCCCAGCCGCGGCUGUGCGCCAGCCACCGGGAUUUACGCGCUCCGCCGGCGGCACCUCAAACUCUUGGGUUUCCUGCGCCGCGCUCUCCUCCGCGGUGGCACCGUUUGGCGAAGAGAUCUGUUGUUACAAAGCCUGGACCUCCGGAGGAGAUGGAAGUUUUCUCCCUCAUCCUGGUCGUGUCCGUCUGUUGGACUCGAACCUGGAAAGCGGCGAUUGCAGAUUCAAUCAUUCAUAUCGGGGCAAUUUUUGAUGAAUCUGCCAAAAAAGAUGAGGAAGUUUUUCGAAUGGCAGUUGCUGAUCUCAACCAGAAUGAUGAAAUCUUACAAACGGAGAAAAUCACAUGUUCAGUGACAUUUGUGGAUGGCAACAAUCCGUUUCAGGCGGUUCAAGAAGCCUGUGACCUGAUGAACCAAGGCAUCCUGGCCCUUGUCAGCUCCAUCGGCUGCACGUCAGCGGGAUCCCUGCAGUCGCUGGCAGAUGCCAUGCACAUCCCUCACCUCUUCAUCCAGCGCUCAACAGCAGGAACGCCAAGGAGUGGCUGCGGGCUCACCAGGAGCAACCGCAACGAUGACUACACGCUCUCCGUCCGCCCCCCUGUCUACUUAAAUGAUGUCAUCUUGAGGGUGGUCACAGAAUAUGCCUGGCAGAAAUUCAUUAUUUUUUAUGAUAACGACUAUGAUAUCCGUGGAAUACAAGAGUUUUUGGACAAAGUAUCUCAACAGGGAAUGGAUGUAGCAUUGCAGAAAGUAGAAAACAACAUCAAUAAAAUGAUUACAGGGCUCUUUGCCACUAUGCGAAUAGAAGAACUGAACCGCUACCGGGAUACUCUGAGACGGGCUAUUCUUAUAAUGAACCCCUCUACAGCCAAAUCAUUCAUAACAGAGGUCGUGGAGACUAAUUUGGUUGCUUUUGACUGUCACUGGAUCAUUAUAAAUGAGGAAAUAAAUGACGUGGAUGUGCAGGAGCUGGUGAGAAGGUCAAUUGGAAGGUUAACGAUUAUUCGACAGACGUUUCCAGUCCCCCAAAACAUAAGUCAGCGUUGUUUCCGUGGCAACCACAGAAUAUCUUCAUCACUGUGUGAUCCGAAGGACCCUUUUUCCCAAAGCAUGGAGAUUUCAAACCUGUAUAUAUACGACACUGUCCUCCUCUUGGCAAACGCCUUCCAUAAGAAGCUGGAGGACAGGAAGUGGCACAGCAUGGCCAGCCUCACCUGCAUCAGGAAGAACUCUAAACCCUGGCAAGGAGGACGAUCGAUGUUGGAAACCAUCAAGAAGGGUGGAGUAAAUGGCUUGACUGGAGAACUGGAAUUUGCAGAAAAUGGGGGGAAUCCCAAUGUGCAUUUUGAAAUUCUGGGGACAAAUUAUGGAGAAGAUCUUGGCAGAGGCAUCCGCAAGCUCGGCUGCUGGAAUCCCAUCACUGGUCUGAAUGGGUCACUAACAGACAGAAAGUUGGAGAAUAACAUGCGAGGAGUGGUUCUGCGUGUGGUGACUGUGCUGGAAGAGCCUUUUGUCAUGGUGUCUGAAAAUGUUCUGGGAAAACCGAAGAAGUAUCAGGGCUUCUCAAUAGACGUGUUGGAAGCCUUGGCUACUUACCUGGGCUUUAAAUACGAAAUUUAUGUUGCACCGGAUCACAAGUAUGGGAGUCCUCAAGAUGAUGGGUCGUGGAACGGACUGAUAGGAGAACUGGUAUUUAAGAGAGCUGAUAUAGGGAUCUCUGCCCUAACCAUCACCCCUGACAGGGAAAAUGUGGUGGACUUCACAACACGUUACAUGGACUACUCAGUGGGCGUGCUGCUUCGAAAGGCGGAGAAGACAGUGGACAUGUUUGCCUGCUUGGCGCCGUUUGACCUCUCACUGUGGGCAUGCAUAGCUGGCACUGUGCUGUUAGUAGGGCUACUGGUCUACCUCUUGAACUGGCUCAACCCCCCGCGCCUUCAGAUGGGAUCCAUGACCUCCACAACCCUCUACAACUCCAUGUGGUUUGUGUACGGAUCCUUUGUGCAACAAGGAGGAGAGGUUCCAUACACAACCCUGGCAACCCGACUGAUGAUGGGAGCUUGGUGGCUUUUUGCUUUGAUUGUCAUCUCGUCCUACACGGCAAACCUAGCAGCUUUCCUCACCAUCACACGCAUUGAGAACUCCAUCCAGUCUCUCCAGGAUCUCUCAAGACAGACGGAUAUUCCUUAUGGCACUGUCUUGGACUCCGCAGUCUAUGAGCACGUCCGAGUGAAAGGGAUGAAUCCUUUUGAGAGGGACAGCAUGUAUUCCCAAAUGUGGCGGAUGAUUAACAGAAGUAAUGGCUCAGAGAACAACGUCUUGGAGUCGACCGCAGGCAUUCAAAAGGUGAAAUAUGGGAACUAUGCCUUUGUAUGGGAUGCAGCGGUACUGGAGUACGUGGCCAUCAAUGACGCAGACUGCUCUUUUUACACGGUUGGGAACACUGUUGCGGACAGAGGAUAUGGGAUUGCACUGCAGCACGGCAGCCCCUACCGAGAUGUUUUCUCACAAAGGAUUUUGGAGCUGCAGCAGAAUGGUGACAUGGACAUACUGAAGCAUAAGUGGUGGCCGAAGAACGGUCAAUGUGAUCUUUACUCAUCUGUGGAUACCAAACAGAAAGGAGGUGCCCUGGACAUAAAAAGUUUUGCAGGUGUUUUCUGCAUCCUCGCUGCUGGGAUUGUCCUAUCCUGUUUCAUUGCAAUGUUGGAAACGUGGUGGAAUAAAAGGAAAGGCUCCCGGGUUCCAUCAAAAGAGGAUGACAAGGAGAUCGACCUGGAGCACCUCCACAGGCGCGUGAACAGCCUCUGCACAGACGACGACAGUCCCCAUAAACAGUUCUCCACCUCGUCGAUUGACUUGACCCCGCUGGACAUUGACACUUUACCCACACGUCAGGCACUGGAGCAAAUCAGUGACUUCAGAAACACACACAUCACCACAACCACCUUCAUACCAGAACAGAUCCAGACUCUGAGCCGCACGCUGUCUGCUAAAGCCGCUUCGGGUUUCUCCUUCGGCAGUGUGCCCGAGCACCGAACUGGCCCUUUCAGGCACAGGGCACCCAAUGGUGGCUUUUUCAGAAGCCCCAUCAAAACAAUGUCAUCUAUCCCUUACCAACCAACUCCUACUCUGGGGCUGAAUAUCGGUAGUGACCCAGACCGAGGCACCUCCAUCUGAGCAUCAGACCAAGUUUCUUCACUGUUUCUUUUUUAGGACUCCCUUUGCAAGGAGCAGCUGUAAUAUUGUGGGACUAACAUGGAUGUAACCUUUUUUCUUUUCCUUAUUUUUUGGUUUUGAGGGUUAAUUUGUUUGGGGGUGAUUUUCUGUUUGGGGUUUUUUUUUCCCCCUUUUUUUAUUUUAUUUAAGAAUCAGGAUUAUUAGUAACAACUCUUCCUCCUCCUCUUCUCUGUUUUCUCAGUCUGGUCUCCUCCGUCUCCCUUUAUUCUCUUUACUAGUUGAAUCACUUAUUCUUUGGUUUAUCACCACAUUAGGUUUUGGUUACUUCAGGCUUUUCAUAUACUUUAAAUAUAGGAAACAUGCAGCAAUUCGUGCAUAGAAAAACCCUGAGGAUUACUUUACAGAAGGGCAUUGGCUCCUCCUUCCCCACCGCUCUUUUUUACUAUAAUUGCAAUAACUUAAGUCCUUUUCAUGUAUUCUGCUGCAUCCAGUCAGCGCUCCACUGCUGUGUGUCCUUUUAACUGUGGACCAAAGGCAAACCCUGCAGUUUAAAAAAUGGAAAAAUUAAAAAAAAAGCAAAAAGGAAAAAAAAAAAAAAAAAAAAGCAAAGCAAAUGAAGUUAAAAGACCAUUCAGGCCCCAUAAUAUGAGAAUGCAGUUUUGUAGGAUUACAAAAAGCCAUUACUAUGCCAGUAAAGACUACAGUUAAAUCUACUUUUGCACUGCAACAGUGCAUAUGACCUUUAUGUGAUUGUACAGUGUUAAAAGUUUUUCUUAUGUACAGUAAACUGUAUCAUAUGGCAGAAGCCUCUGUUGUGUUAAAUAAAUUAGUAUCUCAUACAUAUAUAUAUAUACAUAUAUACACACAGGUAUGUGUAUAUAUAUAUACAUGUAUAUAUAGCUAUAAAAUGGCAGCCAUUGCUAUUGCAAUUCAUUUAAUAAAGCUUUAGUAAAAAUGUGUUGUAUACAGGAAAGAUGUACAGUGCAGGGGGUCUUUUCAUUUAGAAAAGACAGGUUGCUUUAAUGUUAUUCUGACUUGCAUCAUUUGCCAACAAAGCAUAUUUUAUACUUUUUUAUUAGAACAUCUGGGGCAAUUUAACAUUUGUACCUAGAUGUAACUCCUUUGGUUAGGUUUUGCAUUGGCUAUUGAGCAUUCUAUAAGGCUAACUUUGAUAAUUUCACUUUUAAUUAAUUAGACAAAUGGAACUCUCUCUUAGGCAUACCACAUUCAUGAACAACUAAUAUAGUUCUAGAGAAGUUUAAACAUAGAUCAAAGGUUAAUAAAUUAUUUUCCAAAUCAGUGCAGUUGAUCAAUACAAUAACGGUGUUAAUGGAGAAAAAAAAAAAAGCCCUCGAGAAAUACAGAUGUGGCCUUAAUUAUAAUCAUGUAUUGUUUAAGGAAAAAAAAAAAUAUGAACAGGCGCUCAUUUUAACCCUUUAUAUGUUAAGUUAGAUUUAGAGGAGCUAUGUAUUUUUUACAUUAGUGCCAACUGUAUAGAACAAGAGAAAGAACAGCAGUGAGAGCAAAACGAGUGCCCACUUUGGCACCAGCUUUUUAAAGUAACACUGUUACCUGUUAGAAAUGUAGGAAGAGCUUUCAAUUUGUAAUCCUUAAAACUAAAAAUGCAGUUAAGUAGAAAGCAAGCAGUUUAUCCUGUGAGUUUUUUGGUUUGGUUUUGUUUUUAAUGCAACCAUACACUUAUUUUAACCUAACUCAUUCUUUGGCUAGGAUUAAUAGGAAUCAGCCUAUGUGAUUUGCUUUAGGAUAAAUUAAAAGGUAUAUUCUUCAGAUCUAUUCUAUUUUGAUGCUAAUUCUGUUCUGGGGGAGCAUCUUGUACUGUCACUGUUUUUUGUACUAAAUCUUCAAAUAUUGUCUACUGUGUAAGGCAGAACAAAUUCUUAUCAUGCAAAAGGCCAUUUUGUUUCCAGGGUAGCAAGUGUCUAAAAGCAUGCACAACUUGCUUCCCCCUUGUAACAUUCAUGAACUCAUCCACACUUCUGAGUAAAAUAAAAAAAAAAAAAAAGAAAAUUUCUUUCCAACAAGCUACGUAGGGACAUACCAGAUGUUGCAGUGAUUUUAGCUAUUAAAAAAACCUGUUAACCAUGUACGAUAUUUAAAAUAGGCCUAUUUUGAUGUGUUGCCUAUUAUACAGAUACACAAAACACUUUUUGGAGGCCUCAGUUACAAGUGGCAGAGCUUUCUGUGUAUAAUUUGUCUAAAUAAUUUGUCUAAUAAAAUUGUUUUCUAAA